AGCCCCAAAUCCAACCCGCCAAAUUUCUAUCCUCCGGCGGCGACGGCGCCCGAGCGUUUCCGGCCACCGUCCUAAUUUGCUGUCCACCAUGUCGAGCAGGGCUAGAAGAAAGAAGCGUAUUAUCCCUACAGAAGUGGAGAUCUCUGGAUCAACGUUGGGCGUAAGAAAGCAACGGCGGCGGCGGCUGCCGCCGACUCCUCAGGAACCCGGGCCAAUCUCUCCUGCGCUCGCGGUCGGCACCACCCAAUCGAGGAUCCCUGAUGAGGAUGAUGAAGAGGGUCAGGACGCGAAGAAGAGAAAUCUGGGCAUAUCGGAGGAGGAGGAGGAGGAGAAGAUGGAGGAGGAAGAGGUGGUCUCCUCUGCACCGAGCUCUCCGAUCUGCGAGCCGUAUAUCCCCAGUGACGGAGAGGGAGCGCCAUACAACAAGCCGAUCUGCUCUACGAUCUGCAAGCCGCUUAUUAAACUCAGAUUCCGCUUACCGGCAAUACACAAGGCUUUGAGGAUUGAAGAAGACAAGCUACACGAAAAACUAGAUGCCCAGAGUAAACUUCCAACACUUGACUUUGAUCCUUCCGCUUGCCUAUCUGAUGAAGAGGACCUUCUUCCAGUCCCUGAAUCUGAAUCUGGAAGAGAGGCUGUACUUCGUGCUGCCGAUUUUGUUCUCGCGCUUUCAUCAUUUGUUGAUGGCAAGCCUCUGCAGAGGUGUUCUGGCAUUUUAUUUGAAUGGAAUGAUCAUCUUAAAACUGGGGUUGUCUUGACGACGGCGCAUCUGAUCCGCUCAAAUUGCCCGUCCAUUGACCACUGGUUAGGAAAGGAUGAGUACCGUCCUGAUGCUAAGGUGAUUGUCCAUUUCUUAGAUGAUACCUCUGCAGAGGGUGACCUCUUGUACCAUCAAGAACAUUAUGAUAUUGCCUUUUUCAAAGUUAAAGUCGGUCAAUGCCCCCAGCUGCCUUUGUUUGUCGACAAUGUGAAAUCCGGUCAAGAAAUUGUCCAGCUUGGAAGAGAUGAGAAGUUGAACCUGAGAAUAACCUAUGGCAGGGCAAAAUCUAUGAAUCCAAACACGUAUCAUAGACAACAUCUCAUGUACAUGCUUCUGAAGAUGAUGACAAUGAGUUUGAUGAUGGAGGACCAGCAGUUGACUUCAGUGCAAAUAUCGUUGGCAUGAUCAACAACUCUACGAGCGGAUCUUUCAUACCUACUUCUAUCUUGCACCAGUGCUUCUACUUCUGGAAGAAUCAUGGGCGCAUCCCUCGGCUCCACCUCAGAUUGAAGCUUUUCGCUGUCAAGCUUCUGGAUCUCUGUCACCUUGAGAGGAUAAGGCGAAAAUGCAAAGUGGAUAGUGGUCUUGUUAUUGAAGAUGUGUCAAGUGGGUCUCAUGCUGAGAAGCUUGGGCUCCGUAGAGGUGAUAUUAUCCGCUGUUUUGAGGGAGAGGAAGUUUCUACUACAGUCCAGGUUAGUGUAUUAUAGAUUUUGUAGGAUUUAGUUACAGUGAAAAAUUAUAUGCAUGUGCAUUCUAUUACUUUAUGCUCAGUUCAGUUCUUUCUUAUUGCUAUAACCAGUUGGAGGAAAAUGAUGCCUGGAUAUAUGCAAGAAUCGUUUUGUGGGAGGAAUAAACUGGAAUGACAAAGUGGAUGUUUCGAUUUUGGUUUUCGACAUCCGGAGGAAGUCGCUGGAGGACCAAGGUGUUGACUCUAGAUGUUUCUGAAAAGGGAGAAAUUGUCAUGAGAGCAUCUCGUCUCGUGACUAUUUAGAGCUAGUGGGGAAGGCGCGCCUGCAGGUUUGAUUGUAAAAAAAUUAGAAUGAGAAAAGUUGGAGUCCUGUCUGAUUAAGUUUUCCCCUCUCAACCAGAUGCCAUUAAAAAAUGGUGGGAGUCUGGAUGCGGCAACCAAGAUGCUUACUGCCAGAAAACAAAAGGCGCAGAUGAAGCUCCAUGCAAGCAAACUGCAGCGUUUAACUGAAUGUGUUUUCCACCUGGAGCACUGAUGUCCUCCGAAAUUCUUAAGGCACCGAUUAAUCAUAAAAGCUAGAGUGUUUGCCUUUUCUCAGAUUUACCUGCAGGCGCUUAGUUGCUGAUGGUCAUGGAGCCAAGCACUUAAACUUGCGUGCAUCUACUGCGUUGGUGCUAUUUGUUUUUAUACUGCCGUAUUUGUGGCCUCUGCUAUUUGCCUUGGAGAGAAAGGCUAAUACUAA